UGCCGCUCACUCUCGACCAGCCCGUUCUAGCUGCGCCCACUAAACAGCGAAUUCUCGUAGUCGACCGCGGCCAGACGCCAUAUUGUUGUGUGCCUCGCUUGCCGAGUAGUUCUUACCAAAACGCUUAGUAGUAUUUAACGCAUCGAGAUAAACGAAUAUGAAAUUUAUCGUGUAUUUCGCGCUGUGUUCUAGUAUUGUUGCGUGCACCAAAUGUGUCGUUACCGUUUAAACGGACUUGUAUAAUGGCUUGCGACCGAUGGAGGGCAAUCGCUUCGAUCUUGCAGAACUAAAUGGAUAAUUCAAACGCAAUAAAUAAUUGUUCAAAACUUAAAAUCAUUUAUGGCCACUGCUUCCCAACUGGGAGCUGGGACCAUUGAUUGUCACAAAAAUAAUAAAUUUGAUGGAAAUGACCAUCAGGUGACAACUGGUGUAAAACUUAUACCAAACAAUUGUGAUAAUCCUAUUGGUGUAAAUGGUUCCACAAAUGAUGUCGAGAACACCACCUAUACUUCAGACAAUGAUGAUUCUGUGGAUUGUAAAAAUCAGCUUUCUCGAAAGCGAAAAUACUCCACUGAAUCUGCUAAAGAGUUUGAAGCAAUGGAAAUGUGCACAGCUGCUAAAAUUAAACGUACUUGUGAAAUGGUAUUUGAACAAAUGGAAACUGUACGUGCAAAGCUUGCUCAAUCCCAACUGGAAUUGGAUGAAGUACAAUCAUUGCCGAAUUUUCUCGACUUCUUACCGGAAAAAGUUGAACAAGUAUUCAAUGACUUACAUCCUUGGUCUGAAUCUAAUAUUAAAUGUGGUGAUGACCCUUUGUUUACUGGUGACCCGUUCGCUGAACUUAAAGUGUGGUUGGAAAAGCAAUCAUCCGAACCACAGGAAACACCUAUUCCAGUUUCGGUUACAAAAUCUAACAAAAUAAUUCCUUCUACCUCUCCUGUUGAAGAUAAUCCCAAUUUCUCUCUUGCACUACGGCAGUCAAAUGAAAAUCAAUCUGAUCAAGUUGUAGAAAGAGUAAAAUGGGAAGCCCAAAUUAUUCAAAAAAUAAACCAACUUCAACGGGAUGGUCUUUGGAGUGAACGAAGACUGCCUAAAGUUUAUGAACCACCUAGAAAUAAAGCACACCAUGACUAUCUCUUGGAAGAAAUGCAGUGGCUUGCUACUGAUUUUGCACAAGAAAGAAAAUGGAAGAAAAAAGCUGCUAAACAAUGUGCUAAAAUGGUUAAAAAAUAUUUCCAUGAAAAAAAAACAGAAGCUCAAAAAGCAGCAAAAGCUUCUGAGAUGCAUCAAAGAAGAAUUACUGGUUUCAUAGCAAAAAUGGUAAAAACAUUUUGGAGUAAUGUUGAAAAGUUGGUUGAAUUUAAACAAUCUACUAAAUUAGAAGAAAAAAGAAAAAUUGCACUUGAUGAACAUUUAAAUUUUAUUGUUGAUCAAACUGAAAAAAUGUCAACCUUAGUAGCUGAAAGUUUAAAGAAGUCUGCUAACAAUUCAUCAAUUAUACCAUUACAAAAUUCUUCUAUGAUGACUUCUGAUGGAAAAUUAGAUCCUAGUCACUCGUCUUCUGAUGAUGAAGAAACUAUUGAAGAAGAUGAAAAAAAUAAUACUAAUGAAGUAGAACGUAAGAAAGAAAUUGAUAUGCUGAAAAAAGAAUCUAAAUUCUCUAUUAAUGACGUUGUCGAUCAGUUACCAGAAGGAUAUUUGGAAAUGCGGGCCAAAGAACUAGAGGAAGAGCAACCUUCUAGUGAAAAAAGUGAAGAUGAAGAUUUUGAAGCAUCAAAUAGUAGUUGGAGUGAUGAUGAAGAAACAUUGCAACUUGCUGAAAAAGAAGAAGGCCGUAUUGAUCAUUCCAAAGAAAUUGCUGAGUUAGAGGCUGAAAAUGAUAUGAGUAUUGAACAGAUAUUAGCAAUGUACAACGUGCGCUUACCAAAUAAUAAAAUAGAGCAAUCAAGCCAUACCGAAGAUGAGGAGAAUGAUGAUGAAAGCAGUCAUGCUUCUGAUAGUUCUACUAAUAAAGAAAUAACUUCAAAAGAUGUUGGCUUAAAAUAUCUAUUGCGAAGAUCUCCUAGUAAAAUGCUCAAUGGGACAAGUGAUUGCAAUGCUGAUAAAGAAAUUAAUGAUGUAACUGCCUUAGCUGAAAGUAUCCAACCUAAAGGAAACACAUUGUCUUCAACAAGUGUUGUGACGAAAGUUCCAUUCUUGUUAAGAAAUACCUUGCGAGAAUAUCAACACAUAGGACUUGAUUGGCUUGUUACGAUGUAUGAACAAAAUCUGAAUGGCAUUUUAGCUGAUGAAAUGGGUCUUGGGAAAACUAUUCAAACUAUUGCUUUACUAGCCCAUUUAGCCUGUGAAAAGGAAGAUUGGGGUCCUCAUUUGAUUGUAGUUCCGACUUCAGUAAUGCUUAAUUGGGAAAUGGAAAUAAAAAAAUGGUGUCCAAGUUUUAAAAUACUCACUUACUAUGGGUCUGUGAAAGAGCGUAAAAUAAAAAGAACAGGCUGGACAAAACCUAAUACAUUCCAUAUUUGUAUAACAUCUUACAAAUUGGUAAUUACUGAUCAUCAAAGUUUUCGCAGAAAAAAAUGGAAGUAUUUAAUUUUGGAUGAAGCCCAAAAUAUUAAAAACUUCAAAUCGCAAAGGUGGCAACUCCUAUUAAAUUUUCAGUCGGAAAGACGAUUACUCUUAACUGGAACUCCUUUGCAAAACAACCUAAUGGAAUUAUGGUCAUUGAUGCAUUUCUUGAUGCCCAAUCUCUUUGCGUCUCAUCGAGAGUUUAAAGAAUGGUUUUCAAACCCUGUAACGGGAAUGAUUGAAGGCAAUGCUGAGUAUAAUGAAACUAUUAUAAAAAAGCUUCAUAAGGUUCUUCGACCAUUUAUUCUUAGAAGACUGAAAUGCGAGGUUGAAAAACAAUUGCCUAAGAAAUAUGAGCAUAUUGUAAUGUGCAGAUUAUCCAAAAGGCAAAGAUAUCUUUAUGAUGAUUUCAUGUCUCGUGCUAAAACGAAAGAAACUCUUGCAACUGGAAACAUGUUGAGUGUCAUAAAUGUUUUAAUGCAGCUAAGAAAAGUCUGCAAUCACCCUAAUUUAUUUGAACCUCGCCCAACUAUAUCUCCGUUUCAAAUGGAAGCUCUUACUUACUCGGUUCCUCGUUCUAUUUUCAAUAUUUUGGAGUAUAAUCCAUUUAAUGAAAUUGAUUUAAGUUCAGUCAAUUUGCUGUUCACUCAUUUAGAGCGAAUCAUGAGUGCAUGGGCUGCCCAUCGCUUAAAACGUUACCAGUUACCAAGUAGUGUAUUUGAUCAAGUGGACUCCCUGCCUGAUUCCCCAACUAAACUUCCUAAAAUUAAAAUGAAUUUUAACAUGAAGUUGCCUAAAACCUUAAAUAUCAUUUCAAAGAUCAAUAUGUCUAGUUCUCAAAAUAAACUUGUUAACGUUAAACUUAAACACAACAUGCCCAUUGUAAAACUUUUAGCUGAAAAAGGAUUAAAGGAUUUAAAAUUGAAAUCUGUUGGCAGUAAUAUAUCAAAAAAUCCAGCCUUGUCAAAUAUUACAUCGUUGGUUCCCAAGUUCAAUAUGUUAAAUGAUUACUUAAAAAAUAGAAAUGAUUCAAUUGUGAUAAAAAAUCGAACAAAGACAAAUCAGACCCGCACGAAUCAGUUCUUAAAUUCCUCUACAAAAUUGAAUGGUAAAUCAAAUUCAAAUAGUAGUUUAGUUGCCAAUGAAUUAUCACUAGAAAAAAUGAAUGAUGUUACUGAUUCAUCAAAAAUGUUCAAAGAAUCCAACAUUUGUUCAUCUAAACAAAAACAAUAUUUAUUGGAGCCAACUGAUAACACUAUUUUCUACAUUCCAAAGCUAGAAGAAAAGCGACAAUUACGGCGACAGUUGAAAAUGAAAACAAUAUCAUUAAUAAACAAUAAAAGAAUUGAUGGUGCCACUAAUGUUGUAUAUGGUCGAGAUCUACGAGACUUCAUACGGUUUGAUACAUCGUCUGGUCAUGUCGGAAAUUCUGAUUCUGUAGAACGAAAUCCUUGGCUUUGGCUCGGCUCAAAUAAUGUGUUAUCUGUUAGUUCCCAAUAUUCUGCACACAUUCAACGUAUGUCAUAUAUGACAGCUGUUGCAUUAUCAGAUACUGUGAAGACUGUCGAUAGUCGAAUGAAAGAAUUACGUGAUUCUUUUGAACAGUUUAUUGUAUAUGUACCCGCAGUACAAGGAAGAUCUCCUAAAACAGAAUUCAGUCUUGCUCAAGAUGAUGCGUCUUUAUUGGAAAACAACCUUAAACCAACCCUCAACACAUUGCAUCCAAUUAUUUCAGCCAUGAGCGUUCUUUUUCCAGAUCAAAGACUUAUUCAAUAUGACUGUGGUAAACUUCAGUCGUUAGAUAGUUUAUUAAGAAAAUUAAAAGCUGGUCAUCAUAGGGUAUUAAUAUUUACACAAAUGACUAAGAUGUUGGAUGUUCUGGAAGCAUUUCUUAACUAUCAUGGGUACAUAUAUUUGAGACUUGAUGGUACCACUAAAGUAGAAACACGACAGCUUUUAAUGGAGAGAUUUAAUGCAGAUAAGAGAUAUUUCUGUUUUAUAUUAUCUACAAGAUCGGGCGGUGUUGGAAUUAAUCUUACUGGAGCCGAUACUGUGAUAUUUUAUGACAGCGAUUGGAAUCCUACCAUGGAUGCCCAAGCUCAAGAUCGUUGCCACCGUAUUGGCCAAACUCGAGAUGUUCACAUCUACAGAUUAAUUAGUGAAAAGACUAUUGAAGAGAAUAUUCUUAAAAAGGCCAACCAAAAAAGACUCUUGGGUGAUUUAGCUAUAGAAGGUGGAAAUUUUACUGCUUCAUUCUUCAAAUCUACAACAAUUCAAGAACUUUUUGAAGUUAAUGAAAAACAAAGUGUUCAUACCCUGGUGUCUGAAUUUACGCAAUCUCAUAAUAGUAACGAAGGAGAUAGACAUGCAAUCAAUGUAUUUGAAACGGCUCUUGCGGCUGCGGAAGAUGAAACUGAUGUAGUAGCUGCUAAAAUUGCUAAAGAAGAAGCUGUUGCAGAUUUAGCUGAGUUUGAUGAAGCGAUCCCAAUCGAUGAUCAAAAUGAUACAACUAAACUUAGUAAAGCAGAUUUGGAAGUUCAAGCUCUUGAGAAACAGUUAUCACCCUUAGAAAAAUGGGCUAUGUCAUACGUGGAAUCUUCUGAUAUGGAUUGGGCUGCACAACAAAUUGCAGCAGCUGAAGCUGAGUUAGAACAUCAGAAGCGGGAAUGGAAAGUUGAACAACAAGAAGCUGCCAAACGUACUGAAGAAAGAUUAAAUCAGAAGCGUAAAUUUCCAGAUUCUGACGAUGAAGAGGACGAAGUCGAAAAUGAGGAUUUGACAUUCAUAAAUAAGUUUCAGAUUGUUUACCCCAAUCUUGGUUCAAAAAAAUCUGAUGUACCUAAGAAUUUGAUACUUGGGCCUUGGUCAGGGGAUGAGCUUUAUCAUGAUCAAUUGUAUUUCAAUCAAUAUUCCCAUGUUCCCAUGACAGAAGCUCAACUUCCUCCUGUGCCAUCUGCUCGAAAACGACCAAGGACUGAUGUAGCAUUUAUAAAUAAUCGUUCUUGUAUACCGGGAUCAUUGUCCGCAAACCCUAAAUCAGUUUAUAGUACUCGUGAUAAUAGUGCUGGAGAAUGGCGGCCAAAUGAAAAUAUUUUCCCUCAUCUACCUCGAUCAAUGUUUGACCGUUCUCCUGGUGCAUUACUUAAGAUGCGAAAUGACGUGCGCAUACAACGGUACCGUGGCAUUAAUAGACCUAUGACCAUGACUCUGGCCAGUCUUAAACCACCUCUACCAGCACGACCGGUACAAGAACCUGCUCAUGUUCCAGAUUGGCUCAUACAUGAGGAUUAUGCAUUAUUGCAGGCUGUUCAAAGAGUGCAAGAAAUGACAUUAAACUUAGUGAUAUUAUGUCCAGCCCACACGCCAAAUUGGGAUUUAGUUUCUGAGCUAGUCAAUAUGAUGUCACGUGUCUAUAGAUCUCCUAAACAAUGCAAAAAUCGCUACGAAUCUGUUAUAAUAAAUCGAGAAGAAGGCCGUAUGUUGCAAGAACAGUUGUUAAAAAAACAGAAAAAAAAAAUCAAUCGUGGCUUACGUACAUCUCAAAUUUAUACAUCAGAUGGCAACCGAACUCAUACUCAGCUACUUAUAUCGAGGUUUAAUGGUUUAUUAUCUGUAGCUGCUAAACGACAACCUCUCUGCAGAACUAAUAGCCAAUCCACUCCUAGUCAGUCAGCCAAUACACCAUUAAUUCCGAAUGCUAGUCAUAUUAAUAUAUUGAAAGAGAACUAUGAUGUGGACUACAAUGUACCCUUGGGACCAAUGCAAGUUAUAAGUCGCCGUACAGAUCGUAUGAUCCGUGAAAAACAGCAGCAACAACUAGCAGAAUCACCAGCAUCCAUUAGAUUACAACAACAGCAACCACAAGCUGUAAAAUCCAUACAGCUGCCAAACUCCUUACCUUCAACACAAACAGCCGUUGUUAGCCCUGCAUCAAUUAGACCUUCAACUGCUACUCAACACCGUAUAAUUAUGACCUCCCCUUCAAUCGUUCAAGAUUCAAAUGUACAAAAUAUACCACAAACAAGUCCUAAAGUUGUACCAAUGUCUGUUCAUUAUUCAGCUGCUGUUCAACGAGCGUUAAAUUUUACUCAAGCUUCAAUAGUAACUCAGGCUUCUUCAACUACUGGAAAGGUCACUACAAUGAACAAAACUAUCACUCAGUCCCAAAUACAAAUGUAUCGUCAACAGCAACAAAAUAUUGCUCGACAACAACAAGUUAAAAUGGUUAGCGCGAGAGCUACCAAAACUUCCACUGCCAAUAUCAUACCCGUCCAAACAUCUCAAACUCCAACCACAGUUAACGUUCGGCCUAAAACCACAAUAAACACUAGGAAUAUAACUGAUACUGAUGUAACAAAUUUCAUUAAAAGACAUCAACUACUUCAACAAAAGCAAGCCCAAACAGGGUCAGCUCAAUCCACAAUUUCGUCUGCGGGUCCGUCAAUAGUUAAGACAUCCAUACAAAGUUUAAUGCUUUCUGCCGGUUCUAAAAAUGCUUUGACAGUUGCUGCUUCUACAAAGAACAUCAAUUCGCCACAACAACAAUUCAGACAUCUUACUCUUCAACAGCAGCCCAUGUUAGCCCAUCGCAAAAUACCAGCCCAAAAAGUUACUCAGCUGAGUCAAGUUGUGGUUACUGGUAAAACUGGAGUACCAACACAACUUAUAGUGCAGUCUAAAGGUGUCCCGAGUACAAUGACCAUGCAACAAUUACAAACUAUGAUGAAGCAGCAAAAUAUUCAGAAUGUCAAUGUGUCUGGUGCAAAUAUAACAGCAAUGCAGUCCAAUUCUAGUAGUGGCCAAGUAAUAUCUCAUGUUAUUGCAAAAAGUCAAGGUCAGUCUUCUAAUAUUGGACUUACGAGGGUUUUACCUGUAGUAACAACACAAACAUCAUUAAAACAGGCAAUUCAGGUUGUUAAUCCAGUCCAAACAUUACGAACUACAUCUGGUGUUGGUUUAGAAGGUGUACGCUCUUCACUUCAGCCAUGCUCCUUGAGUAAUGUAUUUAAAACGACUGGCACAACUGGCCAUUCUCCUAAUAUACUUUCUCAGGUGGUAUUUCAACAAGGGCAACCAAUGUCUGUUCGUCAAGGUCAGUUACGUGUUCAAAGUUCAUCAGGACAGCCUGGUUCUAUUGUUGCUGUAUCCAUGGCUCCACAACAACAGCAACCAACUGUUCUAACAAUACCUUCAUCGCCUAAUUCACAUACACCUCGCACAACUUGAUAUGUGGUGGAUACCUUAAAAAAGUAUUUAAAAUUAAAAACUUUUUUUUUUUUACGAGAUGUGGUUUACAUUACCUAUCCAUUUUUACUAUUAACAGACUAAUAUUUAUAGAAUUUUUUGUUCAUUAUAAAAAUUUGUUUCAAAGAAAAUUAUUGAUUUUAAUUUAAUUUUAAUAUAAAUGAAAUUAACAAUAUUGAACUGUCUGGUGACGUAAUUAAUAUUUUUUAUUUUCCUUGUCGAUCACAUUGAUGAUUUGUU